AUGGCCAUCAACACCCUUCUCCUUGGAGUCCUCUCCCUCGCCUUGAGCGUGACCGCUACGGUGACAGAGGACCUGGAUGCGAUAGCCGACAAGCUGAACACUAUCGACUUCCACAUCAGCGAGUACAACAACGAGACGCAAAAGUUGGACCUGUCAGGCUUCCACGACCUCUUCGCAGCCUACGAUGCGGUAAAGAUACAACCGUUUACGAAAAUUGAAGAAGAAGACAUCGUGAACUACGUCACGGUGCUAGCGUAUGACUAUCAGCUCUUCUCCGAGCUCAUCUCGAACAAAGCCGACCUUAUCAAGAAGGGUGGUUUUGGCAACGCCCUCUCUAGCGAUCUCCACGUUCUCAAGUUCAAGAGUCUAGACUUGCUGUACGCCUAUGAGGCAGAAACAAAAGAUGACAACCCUAACGCAUCAAACGAACUGGAUUCGCUGUCAGGGCAGAUUGAUUCCUACAUCGAGACAGCGAUUAGUUCGGUCUGA